AGCCACUCUGGGUCGAGCCAUUUUGGCUCAAGAUUCCAGUCUCUGUUAGAGGGGCUUUGCUGCACACCGAAAUUGUGACGCCGACAAGGACGUCUUCACUUUACUGAUACAACGCGAUGAGUUUGCUUCGCGUGUGCAUUAUCUCUUUCCUGACGGUGACGACCCAGCUGAGUGUGCGCUUGGACGAAGACGAUGCGGGUGCAGAUGACAAGUUGGAUCCUCUUGUGUACGAGUUCGGAGGUUUCUUCGAAUUCGUCGGGCAGGUGACCGACUCGUCCGCACCUCGCGAGCAGGAGGAGCAGCAGCAGCUCGUCGGGCACGACCGCAAGGGCGCCGAAGCUUGGCCAGUGGGGUCGUGGCACGCGCCACUUCGGUCGAACGAAUCCUACCCAGGGAAGGCGAACUGGCCGCUGUUCGACACGCCGCAGUGUUCCGCCGACGACAUGACGGUCAUCAACUAUUGGGCCCUGAAGCAGGCGAAGAAGACACUUCCGCAUGCCGCCCGCGCUGGGGACUUCAAGACAGGGUCUUGCUACAAGUCGUUUACGACCGACUGGUGGUUCGGGAUCUCGCAGUGGGUGUCGUGCUACCAGGAGUUCUACAACGUCUCCACACCGUGCGCCACUUGCAUAGGCAGUGUCUACAACAUGGCCAAGUACAACAUGUCCGAGAACUGCUACAACUUGUGCAAAGGCCGCCCGUCAAGGAGGGACGGCUCCCACUGGUGCUGGGAGGACUGUCAGCAGUGCAUGUGGUACGUCGGGCGGAAGCUGUCGGACUGCUACGGGGAGCCCUACGAUAUGACGUGCCGCUAUGGCAAGGAGCUUGGCAAGGAGGGGUAUUUCGAGAAGAACGGCAUCGACCCCAAGCGAUGAGAAGAGCGUGUCGGCCGCUUGGGGCCAGCAUGGUCGCGUUGUCCAGCUUUUUCCCCCUUGCUGCAGUUGGUGGUAAGGGAACUUUUGCGCAUAGGCAAUCAGUUCUGCUGACGCUGACGUGCACCGGCCAGGAAAAUUA